AUGCCGGUCCAUUGGGGCUGUAUGUUGGUGUCUGGAUUUUGGACGGACCGGCGCAAGCGAGUGGAGUCUCCAUUGUUUCUCCCGUCACCCCGCGAUUUCUGUCCGGACAGAGAUCGUGGAUCCCGGUUCGAAGAUUGUGUCGCCCACCAAUGA